AUGACCCUCCCCAAGCACUUUCCAGGCCCCCAAUCUCCCAAAUCUAAACCCGAGGGACCGAUACGAACCGACUCUCACCGUAUGACGGUGGAUCACAACUCUACACAGCCAACGGUUCUCAACAUCGCGUUCCGCUCGGCAAGUCAUGGCCAAAACUUGGCUGCCAGCAAACCCACUGGCGUGUGA